CAGAAAUCCAGAUUUAGAUGCGCCUCAAACAUUAUUUGUUUGUGAAAUAACAAACGCAAAUGUACAGACUUCAUAUUGUAGGCAUACAAUUGCACAUAUAACUAGACCUGAAAAGCUCCAAUUAUUAAUAGAUACAUAGAUAGAAUACAAUAAAAUAUAAUACAUUCAAAUAUUACAUCUGGACAAAAUAUGUUGUAUCCUUUAACAAAAUAAAUCAAGGCACAUCAUGAGAAGCAUAUUCGUAAUCUGCUGACGUUUGUGUGUACGUGCACUACGUCAUCAAGAUCUGCGUUGUUGCAGAGUCACUCUGAGUGGUUGAGUGUAAACAAGAGACUAGCGAGCGAAAAAUCUAGAAUAUUGUGUAAGAUUUAUUGAUUUAUUCUAUCAUUUGUGAGAAUUGACCGUACAGACGUAAUAUCUAGAUCGCGUAAUGCCCGUCGACAGCCUGUCAUCGGGCGAUUUAAAGCGAGUUUUCUCACAGAUAUCGUCUCUACACCCUGGCUGGCUAACGUUAGCCUGUUAGCUUUGUGAACAGACCCUCAUUACAGGAGAACCAAACUCCUGUAUGUCCGGGAUUUACACGGAUUUGGGUCCUUUAGCCUUUUAAGGCUGUCUAACAUAAUGGCUGCUGUGGAGAAAGUAGGCAAGGAGUGUGAGGAGGAGACACUACAGACCGCUUUUAAGAAACUUCGUGUGGAUGCUGAAAGUUCCACAACCGCAGUCCGCGUCUCUGAGUCUUUGGCUUCCAGACUGGUUGCUCGAAGCACCCCGGAAGGAGCCAAAUCCAAGAUGAGCUCCUCGAAAGAUAACUGGCUUGGAUGCACAAGAAAGUCAUCAAGAGGAGUUGUGAGAAGCCAGCGACGUCGACGAUCAAAAUCUCCGAUCCUUCAUCCUCCAAAGUUUACUUACUGCAGCAAAAUGUCUCCCCCUCCUGGACAGCUCAAACACAAGACCCCGCCAGAGCCCGACGACACCUGCGCCGUCAAGAACGAAGUAGCUUUCUCAGCUCCGUGCUCCACUGUAUUCGGUGUCGUCGGCUAUGAAACCCACCUCCCUUCUCCCAAGGGUCAGGAAUUGCCCCUCAGUCCCAGAAUGCCCUCGGAUGACGAGAGCGCUGCCGAAAACAGGCUCACUUUAGGAUGUAGGCCGGGAUCUCGGGAGGCGGGCAAAGGUAAUGCUGUUCCGUCUGACUUUCAAACUCUGUCCAAGUUGCAGGAGGCCGGUCAGUGUCCGUGCGGGCAGCAGGAAUGCCAGUGUCCCGGUUGGCAGGGGGUCGAGGUGUACUCAUUCACCGGCCUUCGAGAUGUGAUCUCCGAAUGCGAGCGGAAGCUUCCCAGCCCGCAGGACAGUUCACCCAACAGCAGAACUCCCGCUGGGACGUCCAGCUCCCCUCGCUCUUGUUCCGAACAGGCCCGCGCCUAUGUGGAUGACAUCACAAUAGAGGACCUUUCUGGAUACAUGGAAUAUUACCUUUACAUGCCCAAGAAAAUGUCGCAUAUGGCUGAGAUGAUGUACACCUGAAAAUUACAUUUAAUGAAGCAAAUUAAAACAUUAUAAAGAUGGAUAUUGGGUAC